AUGAUACAGAGACUGCAGCUGGAGCAGGAUCAUCGGAUUGCCCUGGAGGGAGGGAACCCUGGCCUCACCCCCACCUGUAGGCUCACUCCCCACCCCUUCGUGUCCCCUAGGUCCACCAGGAACAAUCAGGACAAGCAACACGAGGAGAAGAGACUAGCAUUUGCUGAUGAAGAGUUUAAGAAAUUUGUCUUUGAGAGGAAAAAGAAACCCAAUUCUCCACAUGGGACCCACUCUGCUGCAUCGAAGGAUAAACGCAAGCAGGCUCAAGCUACAGGUGCCAAUACCGCGGAGAAUGAGGAAACAGCCAGAAAUAGAUUGUUUACCCGAGCACUGUACGACACUGAAGAGGAAGAGGAUGAAGAAGGUAACAGCUCAGGAUCUGACUUCAUGCAUGAAAGUGACUCUGAUGAGUAUUCCGAUUGGAUGGGGGAUACAGGCAGUAAUCUGCAACCUCCAAAGCGUACGUCACAGCGGCAGAGAAAACGGAAACGCUUCACAUCCACAGAAGAUGAUCCAGAUGAUGAUGAUGAAGAUGACGAUGAUGAUGACAAUGAUAAAGACAAUGACCAGGACAGCGGCAGUAAUGUGGAGAGGAAGCCAAAGAAAACAAAACCUCCACCAAAGAAAAAGAAGAAGAAAGUUGUCAAGCACCAACAACCCAAGAUGCCACCAGGUGUUACAGAACUCUCUGAAGCAUUC